AUGGCCUCGCCCCGGGAAUCAGCAACACCAUCCCCUCGAGAGCCGUAUGUACCCGAGCCUGAACCCUAUGCCGGGGACCUAGGUAGGUGCCGGGCCUUCCUGUUACAAUGCUCCCUGGUCGUUGAGCUGCAGCCACGUACCUACACUUCCAAUAAAUCAAAGAUUGCGUACAUCAUGGGCUGCUACGAGGGGAUGCCUUGGCUUGGGCAACCGCGAUAUUGGAUAACCGGCGAGAGUCAAGGGAUAAACAUUGUGCUCCAGUUCACUGGCAGCUUAGCUGUCUGGACAGUGAAUACAGCAAUCUUCGUCUAUUCCCCAGCGAUCUGCCCACGUUCAUCUCCUAAAGGUCGCUUCGGGGAUUGUCAGCCAGAACCGUCAGAAAGUGUGAAGUUGAGGUUGGUGAAUGGCGGCAGUCGAUGCGACGGGAGAUUGGAGAUUCAGUACAAAGGAAACUGGGGGACUGUGAAUGCUCGUUCUUGGGAUAUGCCGAAAUCGAAUGUAGUGUGUCGGCAGCUGGGCUGUGGCGCUGUACAUCAAGCCUUUGCUGGUGGCUAUGAGGAAGGAUCCGGACCUGUUUUCACGCCGAAUAUUCAGUGCGGUGGGAGCGAGGCCUCUCUUCAGGAGUGUAAAUCAGAGCCAUGGGGUGACACUGGCUAUUCACACAGUCAGGAUGUUGGCAUUGUUUGUAAAGAAAGUAUGAAGGUGAGACUGGAAAAAGGAGGCAGUCCAUGCGCCGGGAGAGUGGAAGCGAACUUCGAGGGAUACUGGAGACCUGUCUAUGCUUCCAGCUGGGAUUUGCAGGAUGCAACUGUGGUGUGCAGAGAGCUGAGCUGCGGCGCCGCGCUGAAAGCCCCACACCAAUAUCAUUUUGGAAAGGUUUUUGACUCCGUUAUAACGUAUAAUGUUAAAUGCAUCGGGACCGAGGCUGCUCUACGGGAAUGUGAAUCAGAAGAAUGGAAAUUCUACAACCAUCCUCAACCCAACUAUGCCGGCGUUAUCUGCGCAGACCACCGAGUUCCAAGAUUGGUGUCCGGAAAUGAUGAAUGCUCUGGAAGACUGGAAGUGCUGUUUGUUGAAACCUGGAAAACGGUGUGUGAUCUGCACUGGGAUAUGGAUGAUGCCAGCGUGGUGUGCCGACAGCUUCAAUGCGGAGUCGCUGUUGCUGUGCGGGGAGGAGCUUAUUUCGGAGAAGGAGCAGGACAUGUAUGGUCUAAUGCCUUUGAAUGUCAAGGUAAUGAGUCGGGGCUGUGGGACUGUCCAUUUUCUUCAGGAGCUCAUCGUUGCAGCCAUGAGAAUGAUGUCAGUGUGAUCUGCUCUGGGAAUUCUGUAGCACGACUCGUUGAUGGGGACAACAGAUGUUCUGGCCGGGUGGAAAUUCAGCACGGGGACCAGUGGGGAACACUUUGUGAUGAAUACUUCAGCUUGGAAGAUGCUGCCGUGGUCUGUGAACAGCUACAGUGUGGUGCAGUAAAGGCAACUCCCAGAGAUGCAUACUUUGGCACAGGAAACGGGCCAGUGUGGAAAGAUAACUACAUUUGUUUGGGCAAUGAGUCCCGAUUAGCUGAUUGCCAAGUCUCAGCGUGGAGUCGGAUCAGCUGUUCGCAUGGAAAUGACGCCAGCCUGAUCUGCACCGAUGAAAUGUGGUCUGUGCGGCUGACCGAAGGGGGAAGCCGCUGCGACGGCCAGGUGGAGGUUUAUGAUAAUGGCAGAUGGAGCAGAAUACAGGAUAACUUUUGGACUAUCAAUGAAGCCAAUGUCGUCUGUAAGCAACUG